UGAUGGCGUCUGCUGAUUCGAGAUGGGAGCUGGACUGUUUCAUCUGCCUGAGCAUUUAUACAGAUCCUGUAAUCCUGAGAUGUGGCCACAACUUCUGCCGGGUCUGUAUUGAUCGUGUGCUGGAUACACAGGAGGGGGCUGCAUUUUAUAAAUGUCCAGAAUGCAGAGCAAAGUUCAGAAGACGUCCUGCACUGCGGAGGAACAUAACGCUGUGUAACAUAGUGAAGAGUUUCCUGUAUACUCGGCCAGAUCAGGAGGAGACUGGGAUCUUCUGCACAUACUGUCUGGACUCUCCUGUACCUGCUGCUAAAUCCUGUCUGCUGUGUGAGGCUUCUCUGUGUGAUGAUCACCUGAGAGUACACAGCAAGUCACCAGAACACGUCUUAUGUGAUCCCACCACAGCCCUGGGGAACAGGAAAUGCUCCAUCCAUGAGAAGGUCCUGGAGUAUUACUGCACUGAGGAUGCUGCCUGUAUCUGUGUGUCCUGCAGGCUGGAUGGUGAACAUCAGGAACAUCAGGUGGAGUCACUGGAUGAGGCCUCUGAGAAGAAGAAGGAGAAGCUGAGGAAUGUUCUGCAGAAACUGACCACAAAGAGAGCGGAGGCUGAGAAAAGAGUCCAGAGUCUGCAAGAGCGCAGGAGAGAUCAGGGAAAAGCAGCGGGUGUAACAGAGACAGUCACUGCCGUGUUUAGAGACAUCAGGAGACAGCUGGAAGACCUGGAGAAGAGAGUCCUGAGUGAGAUCUCCAGGCAGGAACACCGCGUUUCACUCUCAGUCUCUGAUCUGAUCCGGCAGCUGGAAAUAAAGAAGGACGAGCUGUCCAGGAAGAUGCGUCACAUUGAGGAGCUGUGUAACAUGUCUGACCCAGUGACUGUCUUACAGGAACCAGACACAGGGGACUUGUGUGAUACUGUGGACACAGAGACACAUGAUAUCCAGGUCCAUGGUGCGGGAGAUCUGGAUGUGGGUCUCAUCUCAGGGACAUUACACACAUUAUAUGAUAUAAUAACAGGUAUAAAUACAGGGAUCUAUGUGCAACAACCUACAGACCUAUUAGUGGAUGUGGCCACAGCUGGUAAUACUAUACAGAUAUCAGGUGACAGGAAAACGGCAUCCAGGUCACCAAGCCAGAAUCACCCAGUAACACCAGAGAGAUUUGAAUAUCCUCAGGUAAUAAGCACCAGGGGAUUCUCCUCAGGGCGACAUUACUGGGAGGUGGAUGUCAGUAAGUCAGUGUGGUGGAGGGUGGGGAUGUGUUAUCCCAGUAUAGUCAGAAGAGGAGAUCAGUCACUCAUUGGGAAUAAUAACAAGUCCUGGUGUGUACGUAGGUAUAAUAAUCAGUACUCAGUGGUACAUGAUAGUACAGAGAUCCCUAUCCCUGACAAUAUCCCCUGUGACAGAGUGAGGGUAUAUCUGGAUUAUGAGGCAGGACAGCUGUCCUUUUUUUCUGUGUGUGACACCAUCAGACACUUACACACACACACUGCCGCCCUCACUGAGCCCCUCCAUGCUGCACUAUAUAUAUGGGGUGGGUAUAUAACUAUAUGUGGGGCAGUCAGGAGCUGGGAGAAAUUACCAUAGAAAAUCUGCCCAGAGACAUCACAGGGAGGGGAUUCUGAUUGGGAGAACAUGCAUCCAAUAGAAUAAUGCAGUGGGUGGAGCUGCAGCUGAGCCCCUCCCCCCUGUGUGACCAGGUGACUAGUGUGUGGAUGUGUUCCCAUGUUGGUGUGUAAGAAGCAGUCAGUAUACACAGCGCUAUAUGUCAGGAAGAAUAGGCUCAGGAACAUCGGGUCUGGGGGUGGAGAUAUUGACUGUAUAUAAUUUUGUUGUUGUUGCACAGUGGGGUGCUGUCUGUGUGUUUGUAUGUGUGGGUGUGUGUGGUUGGGGCGGGGCAGAUGAUGUCACCAUGGUUCUUCUAUCAGUAAUAGCCUCCUCCUUUCCCAGGGCCACUGCACACUCAGCGCUGAACUCCUGGUCUCACCAGAAGACACUCUGACUUGUCUCUCGCAGAACACUUCCAUGACUCAAUCCAGCUCCUGCCCUCUGAUUGGCUGCCAGUCUAUCUCUCACACACAGUCAUGAUGAUACAGGCUAGCAGCCAAUCAGAGGGCAGGAGCAGGACUGUCGCUGCAUAUCCCACUGUACGGUACUGUUAAGUUCAUAUUCCUAGUUGCGCUAAAACAAGAUGUCCGCGGUAGAUGCAAAGUGAAACAAUGGCCGCUUUGGCCACACGCUACAUCUUAGCAGGCAGAAUGGACGCACAAAGGACGCCACAUGUGGUUCAGUACACUAAACCCAAUAGAAAGUGAAUGCGACACCAAUUUUAGUUAUUAAUGUUGUUGUCCAAAGCAUCAACAGUUUGUUUACUAAUUCAAGAAAAGGUAAAACAAUACAAUGAAAGCUACAGCCAAUACAUACAUACGCCAGCGCUCCUGGAUCCAGGUCUCAGUCGUCUUACAAGAUGACCUCUGAGAAAGGUGACUGAAACCUGGGCAAGGUGCAUGUCCUUUUAUACAAUGUUCCAAAAACAGUACAAUGUGGAAUGUUUGAUCUUCUUCCAUUGGUCCAGGGGCGGGACAUAUUCAGUACACCGUGGGUCGUUGGUCAGUUCGAACAGGGGGCGAUACCUAAUCUUGGGUUGUGGUUACAGUUGUUUACCUCUGGGCUCCCGCCUAAAGACCAGUUCAAACAAACCACAGUAUUAUACAGGAAUAUACAUGAAUCCGGUAUCGCUAACAACUUGUUGCCGCAAUAUGUGACAAUAUCCUCACAACCACCGGAUUACUACUUAUGUGACCCUGAACAAUUUGAUCCCACACACGGUGUCCUUAUGCAGUCCCGUCUCUGUACUACACGUAUGGCUGGAUAUCUAAUGAAACAAUACCUAUAUAUAUAUAUAUAUAUAUAUAUAUAUAUAUAUAUAUACAGUGGACCAGCUGUGUAAAGACUAUGUGUAUCUCAUUGUGUAGGAGACAGGUCAGUACUGUGUAAGCCACAAAGCCAGAAAACAUAAUGCAUUUGACAUAUCACUAAUAAUUCAAAUAUCAAUGUCUGGUCUGUAUUAUAUUGAAUACAACUUUUGGUCGCCUGGCUUAGAUCACUUAAGAGGCACACAAGAUUCUGGUAUGUGCAGGGGUGUGUUAAAAAUGCAGAGUUAGAGCACACAAUCAGGAAUCUGCAUGUCAGCAAUUGUAUGGUCUCUGGCUUCUUGUUUGUUAUACUUCAGUUCAGAGACAAUGACAGCACAGGAUCAACUGAAUCACCACCAAGUCCGAAUUGUUCAUGCUAACAAUUGAGGCAAACAACGGUAUUUACACAUCCAAUCAGUCAAACGUCUAUCUUCCAUGAAUAAAGGAAUACCACAUUUUAUGACACAAUGCCUGUUUGGACAGAACAAUCUGAUAUGUUUUAGGACACUAUUAAAUUUGUAUUUCCGGUUGUUCUCUUUCACCGGGUCAUAAUUUGAACACAUUUGAGUGUAUAUUAUCUGUAAGUAAGAAAUAUUUGUUAUGUGUUACAGUAUGAUAUUUAUUAACAAAUGCGCCUUUACCGUAAUGUGCACAGUAACUCGCUGUUACGGUCAUUCGCGCCUACCGUAUUACUUAUAGCAUGCGUAUUUGACGCAUGCGUCGUAGAUGCGUCCAUUAGUUAAUGCAAUAGUGUAUUCUAAAUAUCAAAAUAUGCAAUUUGACUUUGACAAUACUUACCAGUCACCAUACAGCGCUCACCUUCUCCCUCCCCCGGCUGUAGCAGCAAAUACAUUUUGGCCCAGGACAGGUUCAGGAGCGAUAUUCCUGAUGAUGUCAUAGUUAAUGAGAGGCUCAUGAAGCAUUCCUGCUGAGAGAUAGCCCUGAUUAUACAUAUGUAACUGUACAUUUAUGUUGGAUUUCCCCACCCCUGACUCACUGACAGCUGUGAUUGGCUGCAAUAUCUGUCUGUCAGCCAGUGUGCAGCCUAUCACUGUAGUUGGAGCACUUGCUCCUAUUGGCUGUGAUGUAUUAACUUGUUAUUUGUUAGAAUCACAUGUAAUAUAAUUAGGGAUUGCCAUCGGUGGGUUACCCAUUGAUGGUCACCAUUGGUGGGUAAUAUCGAUGGUGUGACACCAUCUGCAUGGGGACCAUUGAUGGUUUUACCCACGAUGGUCACCGCUGCUUUACUAUGCAAUAUGCCACGGGCCAAUGAGAGCCUGGGGGUGGAGCUUUGCAGGAGUGUUGGUGGCGAGCUAAGCUCCGGAUCCCAAUACAUUGAUAUAUAUAUAUAUAUAUGCGAUAGCUGUGUAUCAUCGAUGGCAGUGAACCAUCGGAAUCUCAAGUGUCAAGUUUUUGGCAUCUGCCAAAAAAUAGAUUAUUUUUUUGGAGCACUCUUUUUUAAAGUACUUAUUAAUAUAUGGUUAUUAGUAUUAAAAUGUAGCUUUUAAUUUGUUUCUCUGUUAAACAGAAGGGGUAAGAAGAAAUUAUGUAAUGACUAUAAGAAUAAUUAUAUGAUAGUUAACCCCUGUACAGAUAUUAAAUCAAUUAUAAUCACAUAGAGUGUAAUAGUCUUACGACUUGAGGCUUAAGACACAUGAGAUAACGGCAUUGUUAUUUGUCUCUUUACAGCAAAAGCUUCAAUAAUGGCCUAGUAAUUUGCCCCAGGCCCCAGCACUGGAGUAUAUUAUCAUACUGUGGGCUCCUCCUUCUGAUUAUAUAGUCCAUGUAUUAUCCUUCCGCAAUAAGAUUUCUUAUGUACUGGUUUUUGCAACCUAUGAGUUAGUGUUACAUAUCUUUACAAUUUUGCUAUUUGUGUCAUUUAACGUCAAGAUGUACAAUAUAAUGCAGUUACUCUUCUCACUGUGUCAAAUAAAUGAGGAAUACGUCCCUUUA